AUGACAGAUGAAUGGAUAUCACAGACCCGAGCCAGCGAGCUUUAUGGCCUGAGUGUGUCGGAACUGCAGAGGAAUGCGGCACACGUUAUCGAUAACUCUGGCACCGCCGGAAGCGACACAGGCAAUGUUGCCUCUAAAGUGAAGCGUGGAAGCAACCCAACGGUGCCGUUAACAGUGCGUCUAGUGAAGAAUCCUCGAGGUUACCACCUGCCGAUGCGCUUGUACAAAACAUCGGAGUUGGAGACUUUGAGAGCGAUAAAACGGGAACAAGAGAAAACUAGUGUCCCAACCGAUAAAUGUGUAAAGAAAAAAGUUAUUAAACACAGCCGCAAGAAAUCGGCGCCACGGCCAGCUCCUCCCGUAUGCGCCAGCAACGGUCACACUUUCGUCCCUGAGAACUCCACCGUGCAGAAGUGCUCAGUGUGCGGUCAGAGAGUUGAGUUUGAGGAUAUUUAA